CACGCUGUUUCGCCCCCGUUCGCCGUUUCGCCCACGGUACGACCCGCUGCCACGUCACCGGUGCCAUGACGAGCGGCGUUGGCGCCUGGUGUCACUGGCUUUGCAGCCCACGAGUCACGAAGCCUUCGGUGACUUUUAAGGAGGCGGGCGAGCGCCAUGAGCCCGAGGUGGAACCAGAGGAGCAGUCUGAGGAGGAACUCACGUUGAAGCAAAAGCUGCUCCAGCGGCUGAAGCGGAUGAACACCGGAGACUUGCUGCGCCAGAUCCGCCGCAACAUCAGCUCCUUUUCCGUGCUCCCAGACUCGGAGGGCGACCUCUCCUGGGAUGGCGACGACAUGGCCACCGAGCCCGAGAUCAGCUUUGCCGUCCAGGAGCUACAAGCGUACUUCUCUGACUGGCAAGACGCUCAGACAGACAACUUCUGGCAGCGAAAGUCUAGAAAGGUGGUCAUCUCUGUGGUGGUUUGCGCCCAGGAGGAUGGAACCCUUCACGCGCUGCGAGGGAUGAACACCGAGGUCAGCUUGCCGUCCGGUUCCCUGUGCGCGGAGCGUGCGGGCAUCGCUCGGGCCGCCAGCGAGUUCUUCCACGCGAAGAGCAUCAAGGCUAUCGCAGUCCUGGACCCUUCGGGGGAGAUUGCACCACUAUGGCCCUGCGAGGUUUGCCAAAGCUGGUUGGCCAAGAUUCGAGAACAAAACCCCAGGAUCAGUGUGGUCGCUUUUCCAUGCAAAGACCAUGAGUUUAAGACCAUCCUGGUCCAAAGGAAUGGCAAAGACGUCCGACCACCCACUUGUGUGAGUCAGAAGAGCAGCCAAUUCAGCAAGCAUGUCUUGGAGCACACAUGAGCCGCGAUUUUUCUUCGAUCCGAAGGAGAGGAGAGCUGAAUCGGAAGUGAGACACCCCAGACUGACCUCCGAAAAAGCUUUCGGAUGGGGUGAAGUUUACCAGGCUUCCAUGCGUAGAUACCCAUGACUUGCCCACAAAUAGGCUGGCUCAGUGGUGCGCAAGCACAGUAGCGAGCUGUAAAGAGGAGU